AAUCACCGACAGGAGCAAUGGGGAUGUGGCAGUGGACUCCUACCAUCUUUACAAGGAAGAUGUGCGCCUCAUGAAGGAUAUGGGAAUGGACGCAUACAGGUUCUCCAUCUCAUGGACGAGAAUUCUUCCAGAUGGAACUUUGAGAGGUGGAGUCAACCGAGAAGGCAUUAAGUUCUACAAUAACUUGAUCGAUGAGCUGUUGUCCAAAGGGGUGCAACCAUUUGUGACCCUUUUUCACUGGGAUUCUCCACAGGGAUUGGAAGAUAAAUAUGGAGGAUUUCUUAGCCCUAAUAUCAUUGUUUCAGGUUAUGCAGGGGGCGUAGCUGCACCUGGCCGGUGUUCUCCCUGGGAGGAGGCAAACUGUAGCGCUGGGGAUUCAGGGAGGGAGCCAUACAUUGUCAGCCACCAUCAGAUACUCGCUCAUGCAGAAGCUGUGAGAUUGUAUAAACAGAAAUAUAAGGGCAUGCAAAAGGGCAAGAUCGGAAUAGCUUUGGUCUCAUAUUGGGCUACUCCCUUAUCCGGUACAAAAUCUAGUGUUGUUGCGACGAAACGUGCUAUAGAAUUCAUGCUUGGAUGGUUUUUGGACCCGCUCAGCAGAGGAGACUACCCCCAGAGCAUGAAAGUAUUGGUUGGAAACCGCCUGCCACAGUUCACCAGACAACAGUCUAAAUUGGUGAAGGGUGCAUUUGACUUCAUUGGAAUCAACUACUAUAGUACAAACUACGCGUAUAGCCUUCCUCCGUCCAAUUGCUUGAGGAACAGCUACUCUACUGAUGCUCAAGCUAAUCUUACGGGUGUUCGAAAUGGUGUCCCCAUAGGUCCUCAGGCUGCUUCGCCUUGGCUCUACGUCUACCCUCAAGGCCUCCAUGAUCUGCUACUUUUUCUCAAGGAGAAGUACCACAAUCCAACCAUCUACAUCACUGAAAAUGGCAAUAUUUUAGGAUUCGAUGAAGCCAACAACAAGAGCCUACCACUAAAUGAAGCCCUCAAGGACGAUGCCAGGAUAGACUACCACCGCAGGCACCUUGAUGCCUUGCUGAGUGCGAUCAGGGAAGGGGCAAACGUGAAGGGGUAUUUCGUGUGGUCGCUGCUCGACAACUUCGAGUGGGAGAGCGGGUACACAGUGCGGUUUGGGUUACACUUUGUGGACUACAACCAUGGUCUGAAACGGUACCCCAAGCGCUCUGCUGGCUGGUUCAAGAAUUUUCUCAAUGAUGAUCCCACAGAUAACCUGGAAACCAGCGACAAAUAAUGGAGGCGUUGUACGUAUUGCAGAUUGCAAUAGAUGCUUGCCUGAUUGUGCAGUUUGAUGGAACAAGAAAAUACUCUGCAGUGUAAAGAUCAAUGUAACAGGAGGCUUGUGCAAGAACGUAUCU